AUGAAUGAUUUAUCGGAAGAUAUGAAUAGUUUUCCGAAUAAUUCAAAAAUGAAAUAUCAAUCAUCAAAACAAAUAUUUGUACCGGUAACAAAUGAAAAAUAUAAAAAUUCAACUAAUUAUAUUAAAGAUAAUUGUAUACCAUCAAACAAAUGUGCUCGAUCAUAUAUAAAUAGAUUUUUUCCAUUUUUAACUUGGCUUCAAUAUUAUGAUAUUGGAUGGAUACCACAUGAUUUAUUAUGUGGUGUUACUGUGUCAAUAAUAUACAUAUCACAAGGAAUGGCCUAUGCUUUAUUAGCUAAUGUUCCAGCUAUAAUUGGUUUAUACAUGUCAUUUUUUCCACCUUUAAUUUAUGCAUUAUUUGGUACAUCAAGACAUGUUUCGAUAGGUGGCAUUGCUGUUAUUAGUCUUAUGACUGGUAAUGUCGUCAAUAGUUUUACUAUUGAAUCAAGUUCAACAAUAAUUCAAACAAAUAUAACAGAUAAUACAAUUCGAAGAGAUUAUAAUGAAGUAACUAUUGUAAUGGCACUUUCAUUUACUGUUGGAUUAAUACAAUUAAUUCUUAGUAUAUUUCGAUUUGGUUUUGUAACAGUAUUCUUAUCAGAUACAUUUAUAAGUGGUUAUACAGCAUCGACUGCUGUACUCGUUCUAACAUCUCAAAUGCCGGAUUUUUUCGGUAUUAAAAUUCAACAUCGUACAGGUUUUUUUAAAAUAGUUUAUAUUUAUAUUGAAUUAUUUAAACGUUUACGAGAAACAAAUUUAAUAACAUUAACUAUAUCAAUAAGUGGAAUAAUUACUAUAUAUACAGUUAAAGAAUAUCUUGAACCUUAUUAUAAACGAAUGAUUAAAAAAUGGAAAAUAUUUCAUAAAGUUCAAAUACCUAUUCCAAUUGAAUUGAUUGUUAUUAUAAUUGGUACAAUUCUAUCACAUAAAUUUCAUCUCAAUAGUCGAUAUAAUGUUAAGACAAUAAAGACAAUUGGAAAAGGUUUUCGUGCACCUGAAUGGCAUCAAUGGAAAUUAUUGCCUUUAUUAGUAAAAGAAUCAAUUUCGAUAGCUAUUGUAUCAUAUGCUAUAUCAUAUUCACUUGCAAAAAAUUAUGCCAAACAACUCAAUUAUAUAGUUGAUGCCAAUCAAGAAUUAUCUGCUUAUGGACUAUGUAAUAUAAUUUGUUCAUUUUUUGGUUGUUAUCCAAGUGCUUCGUCAUUGGCUCGAACAAGCGUUUGUGUUAAUUUAGGUGGUCGAACACAGUUAGUUGGCAUUAUAUCCAGUAUCUUUCUCUUGAUAACAAUUCUAAAAAUUGGACCACUUCUUGAACCAAUGCCAAAGGCAUGUCUUGUAGCAAUUAUUAUUGUUUCACUUCGAAAUUUAUUAAUGAAAGUGAGAGAUAUAUUCACUAUUGGACGUGUAACGAAACUCGAAACAAUUGUAUGGAUAUCGACAUUUUUCAGUACAAUUAUUCUCGAUGUUGAUUAUGGACUUAUCGUUGGCAUAUGUGUUUCGUUCAUUGUCGUAAUACUUUAUCAUUUCAGACCUCGAACUUUUGUGCUUGGUGUUUUAGACGAUAAUCAAGUACAUAAUAUGUCAAGACACUAUUCAAAUGCUCGUGAAUUACCAAAUAUAAAAAUAUUACGUUUCGAAUCACCUAUUAUGUAUUUUAAUGGUGAAUAUUUUAAUGAUAGUAUUUUAAAAUUACUUCGAGAUGAAUCGAAAACAAAUGAAAAGAAACUAGAUUCAGUGAACGAAAAAUUUAUCGACGAUGAUCAGAAUGGAACACAUGUCAUUGUUGAUUGUUCAGCUAUUAGUCAAAUAGAUUAUUCUGGUGGAAAAAUCUUUAUUCAAACAAUAAAAGAACUCAACGAUCAUAAAUAUAAAGUUUAUUUGUGCAAUUUACCAUACUAUGAAUGGAAAACAUUACGAAGUUUGGGUAUCAGCAAAAUAUCUUCAGUAAUAAUAGUGGCAACCAUAUCCGAUGCUCUUCAAAAAAUUCAAGAUGAACAGGAAAAAAAUCAGAAUCAAUCUUUACUCGGUUUUACUGAUAAUACUGGUGUUUAG